UCCGCUAAUUCUUUCAUAGGGAAGGAAUGGGAUAAGAUCGCUAGUAAGAUGGCGGUGCCGCUCUUAGAGCUUGUACUCACCUAUCUCCCACAUCUUCAGUACACAGAGGAAGCCCGUCAGGAUACCUGGGAGAUAGUUGCUAUCAAAUUGAGCAGUUUUCAGUUUGCACAGACAAAGGACGAGCGAGUGCAGCAGAUAUUGGAUAUACCGAUUCUCAACGGUAUUUUCGUAGAAGAAAGGUACAAUAAGUUUAUGGACAGCUUUAUAAGACAAUUCUUCGCCUUUCCAGGUAUGGACGAGGAAAUGGCCAAGAAGAGGAUGUCCAGCAAGGAGGAUUUUAUUCUUUUUGAGUUGUACAAGAUGAGGGGGUUGGGAGCAGAAACUCUAGCAAAGCUCAGCAAAGAACGAUUUGAAGAGCAACAAAGGGCUUUGAUUAAUAGUGAAAUGUUUACUAAGAGAAGCUACAAUAUCACAGAUGGUGUCUACAGCGAGGCAAUUGAGAAUACCAAUAGCAGCGAAGAGGUAGAGGAUUCUUCAACAGAGAAAGGAGAGCCAGUGACCAGCACGAGUGUUGCUUUGGCCGAGACAAGGUCUCAACUAUUAACGAAGCAAUUAGAAAUAUUGAACAGAGAACUUGAAAAACUGAAUAAGAAGAUAGAUUUGCUAGAGAAGGAGAACAAGACGUUGUUGGACUUGAAUCAUGAACUUGUGGAGGAAAUUCAG